AUGGAUGCUUUUCGGUCGCUGACGAUUGGAGCCAAGUUUAGUGCUGCCCGAAACGGCGAGGCGGCCAAACUGUUCCGCAACGCGGGCAAGGACAAGGGCAGCCGCGGACUUCCUGACGCUAUCGGCGCUAAUGGGGGGGUUGUCGUUGAGAGCGCAUCGGACUUGGGCUGCAGCAGCCUAUCAGUGCCGCCUCCCAGUGCGACACUGAACCUUUUCGGACACCCCACACGAAGUCUAGGUCAUGCUAACGCGCACCUCGGUGAAUCUGGAGGCUCGGACGCAGCCACUGCGAAGGGUACAGCCUCCGAGGACAAGCCGCUCAAAGCAAUGACCUUCAAGAAGAAACGCAAUAUCUGGCACCGAAACGAGCUGCAGGUGACAGGUAUGGACUUGCCGGCGCCGAUCGAACACUUCUCCGACCUCGUUCGCCCACCGCUAAGCGUGCCGCGCAAUAUAGUGAACAACCUCUUCGCCCGCCAGCACAAAGUUCCUACCCCAAUCCAGAUGCAAGCAAUUCCAUCCCUCAUCCACCACCGCGACGUACUCGCCUGCGCGCCAACCGGCUCCGGCAAGACGAUUGCUUUUCUCACCCCUCUCUUUGCGCUGCUUAGGGCGCCGGAUGCAACCUGCGGUGUGCGUGCCCUCAUUGUAACACCCACCGCCGAGCUUGCCCAGCAGAUCGAGCGCGAGGCAUUCUUCUUGACGAAGGGCCAGCGGUGGAGGUUUGUGCAGCAUGGCCAGACGACCAAGAACAAGGACAUUUUUAUUGCCACGCCGGGCCGUAUCGCAUUGCUGCUGGAGCAGAAGCUGCUGGACCUGAGCAACGUGCAGUAUCUCGUUUUUGACGAGGGCGAUCGCUUGUGGGACAGCAGGACGGACUUCUUGAUUGUGAUUGACAAAAUUCUCACUGCCUGCACUCGCACCGAUAAGGUAGUUAGCCUGUUUACGGCCACGCUGAGCGAGAAGGUGGAGGCAGCUGCUCGCUCUGUCAUGGGUACCGACCCGGUGCGCAUCAUUGUCCAUGGUCGACGCUUCGCGAGCACGCACGUGAGGCAGCGAUUGGUUUUCUGCGGCAAUGAACUCGGCAAAGUCGUAGCGAUGCGCAACCUUGUGCGUGAGGGCAUCACGCCACCAGUGCUAGUAUUUGUGCAAAGCGUGGAGCGGUCCAAGGAGCUGUACGAGGAGAUCCGGGCGGAAGGCCUGCACAUGGCCAUUAUGCACGCCAAGAUGACAGUGGAGCAACGCGAAGAGACGGUUCUGCAGUUCCGUCUUGGCAAGAUCUGGGUCCUCGUGACGACGGAGCUGCUUGCACGCGGUAUUGAUUUCAAGAACGUCGGCACAGUCAUCAACUUCGACUUUCCAGCAACUGUGGACUCGUACAUCCACCGUGUGGGUCGCACGGGCCGCGCCGGGAAGGAAGGGACGGCGAUCACUUUCUUUACGGAGGAUGACAAGGAGCGACUUCCCCCGAUUGCGAAAGUGAUGCAGGAUUCUGGGAACGCUGUGGAGGACUGGAUACUGAACAUAAAGGUGGAUCGCAGCACCCGCCGCCGCCUCGAGCGUACAACGCCGCAGCGCACUAUUGUCAGCACGCGGAAGCGCAUGCUGGUGGCCCAGCAGCGAGUGCAGCGUCAGUACCGCCGCCUGGAGGAGGAGGAGGAUGAGAAAAAGGCAAAGAAGAGAGCCGCCAAGAAGAGCAAGGACCGCGUUGACUGCGACAGCGACGGCAGCAAUGACAAUGACGAUGACGUAUAG